GCUGUCUUUAAAAGGAUGUGGUACCCAGUUCAGCGGAUGCAGGAGCGUUAGAUGGUUUGGAGCAUCCUUGCUAAGCGAUCAUGGCCAGCCAGACCCAGGGCAUCCAGCAGCUGCUGCAGGCUGAGAAGAGGGCGGCGGAGAAGGUGGCAGAGGCCCGGAAACGGAAGGCGCGGAGGCUGAAGCAGGCCAAGGAAGAAGCCCAGGCUGAAAUUGAGCAGUACCGUUUGGAGCGUGAGAGAGAGUUCCAGCACAAGCAGCAAGCGGCUCUGGGCUCGCAAGGAAACCUGUCUGCCGAGGUAGAGGCCCAGACGCGCAAGAAACUGCAGGCCAUGCAAGGAGGACAAGCCCGGGGCAAAGACCGAGUCCUGCGCCAGCUGCUCACCCAUGUUUGGGACGUGCAGCCUCAGCUACACCCCAACUACCGCUUUGCUAUCUAGGAGACUCACCGACU